CUCUCUCUCUCUCUCUCUCUCUCUCUCUCUCUCUCUCUCUCUCUCUGUGUGUGUGUGUGUGUGUGUGUGUGUGUGUGAGUCUGUCUCUCUUUCUGGAAAUACUAAAGCUGGAGUCUACCAGACUGAGGUUAGGAGCAUUUUCUUUGGCAACAAGAAGGUACUUUUAUAGAAGCCAUGCCUGUCCUUGGGGUUGCUUCAAAACUGAGACAGCCAGCUGUUGGGUCAAAGCCUGUUCACACUGCUCUUCCGAUACCAAAUCUUGGCAUUGGUGUAUCACGGCACUGUUCUUCAAGACCUUUGGAAUUUGCUACACCGGAGUGCUCAAUGCUUUCUUGUCAGCUCACAUUAAAAUCAACCUGUGAGUUUGGAGAGAAGAAAGCCCUGCAGGGAACAGCCAAGGAGAGCGAAGACAGCAAGAUUUACACUGACUGGGCCAACCACUACCUGGCGAAAUCUGGCCACAAGCGGCUGAUCAAGGAUCUGCAGCAGGACAUCGCGGACGGGGUCCUCCUGGCAGAGAUCAUCCAGAUUAUUGCAAAUGAGAAAGUUGAAGAUAUCAAUGGAUGUCCUAGAAGCCAAUCUCAGAUGAUUGAAAAUGUUGAUGUCUGCCUUAGUUUUCUAGCAGCCCGAGGAGUUAAUGUUCAAGGUCUAUCUGCUGAAGAAAUAAGAAAUGGAAACUUAAAAGCCAUUCUAGGGCUGUUUUUCAGCUUGUCUCGCUACAAGCAGCAGCAGCACCAUCAGCAGCAGUACUAUCAGUCCCUGGUGGAACUUCAACAGCGAGUGACGCACACUGCUCCUCAGUCCGAAGGUAGUCAGGCCAAACCCCAGCAAGAUAUGCAGUCCAGUCUGACAGCCAGAUAUGCAGCUCAGUGUAAUCACAGUGGAAUUGCAACCAGUCAGAAAAAGCCUACUAGGCUUCCAGGGCCCUCUAGGGUGCCCGCUGCGAGCAGCAGCAACAAGGCUCAGGGAGCCUCCAAUCUAAACAGGAGAAGUCAGAGCUUUAACAGCAUUGACAAAAACAAGCCUCCAAGUUAUGCAAAUGGAAAUGAAAAAGAUUCCUCCAAAGGACCUCAACCAUCUUCAGGUAUAAAUGGAAACACACAGCCUCCCAGCACUGCUGGGCAACCCCCAGUCUCUGCUAUCCCUUCCCCAAGUGCCAGCAAGCCGUGGCGCAGCAAGUCCAUGAAUGUCAAGCACAGCGCCACCUCUACCAUGCUGACCGUGAAGCAGCCAAGCCCAGCCACCUCUCCCACUCCAUCUUCAGACAGACUGAAGCCCCCUGUCACAGAAGGGGUCAAAAGUGCUCCAUCGGGACAGAAAUCUAUGCUCGAAAAAUUCAAGCUGGUUAACGCCCGGACUGCGUUGCGCCCCCCUCAGACUUCCAGUUCAGGACCUAGUGAUGUUGGGAAGGAAGAUGAUGCCUUUUCUGAAUCUGGAGAAAUGGAAGGUUUUGGCAGUGGUCUGAAUAGUGGUGGCUCAACGAACAGCAGUCCCAAAGUGUCACCUAAAUUAGCACCUCCAAAAGCAGGAAGUAAAAAUUUCAGCAAUAAAAAGUCUUUGUUGCAGCCAAAAGAAAAGGAGGAAAAGAACAGGGACAAGAAUAAAGCCUGUGCUGAAAAGUCAGGAAAGGAAGAGAAGGACCAGGUGACGGAGACAGCUCCGAAGAAGACCUCUAAAAUCGCAAGCUUGAUCCCAAAGGGCAGUAAGACCGCAGCAGCCAAGAAAGAAAGCUUAAUUCCAUCGUCCAGUGGGAUCCCAAAGCCAGGCUCAAAGGUGCCCACUGCAAAGCAAACUAUUUCACCCAGCAGUGCAGCAAGCAAAGAGUCUGAGAAAUUCAGGACUACCAAGGGAAGCCCUUCUCAGGCCCUCCCAAAGGCCUCAGAGAAAACAAGCGCGCCCAGCCUCUCUGCUACUCAGGAGGGGAGGGACGCUGGCCACACAUCUUCCUCUAGCUCCUGUGCUAUGCAGCUGGCACACAGCAGUGGACAGAGCCCCAGCAAUGGAGCUGUCCAGCUCCCUCAGCAGCAGCAUAUCCAUCCCAACACUGCCACGGUGGCUCCAUUCAUUUACAGAGCACAUUCAGAAAAUGAAGGCACCUCUUUACCAACUUCUGACCCCUGUACCAGCCCCACAAAGAUGGACUCCUCAUACAGUAAGACAGCUAAGCAGUGCCUAGAAGAGAUAUCUGGUGAAGACCCUGAAACUAGGAGAAUGCGUACAGUCAAGAACAUAGCAGAUCUGAGGCAGAACUUGGAAGAGACAAUGUCCAGUCUUCGUGGGACCCAGAUAAGCCACAGCACCCUGGAGACAACAUUUGAUAGUACUGUCACAACUGAAGUAAAUGGAAGGACCAUCCCCAACCUGACAAGCCGGCCUACUCCCAUGACCUGGAGACUGGGUCAGGCGUGUCCUCGUCUACAGGCUGGAGAUGCCCCCUCCAUGGGCGCUGGAUACCCUCGAAGCGGCACCAGUCGGUUCAUCCACACAGACCCUUCCAGGUUCAUGUACACAACACCUCUGCGCAGAGCUGCGGUUUCCCGUCUGGGAAACAUGUCACAAAUAGAUAUGAGCGAGAAAGCAAGCAGUGACCUGGAUGUGUCUUCUGAAGUGGAUGUUGGUGGAUACAUGAGCGAUGGCGAUAUCCUUGGGAAGAGUCUGAGAGCUGAUGACAUCAACAGCGGGUACAUGACAGAUGGUGGGCUCAGCCUCUAUUCUAGAAGUCUGAACCGAGUCCCAGAUACCACAACUUCCCGGGAUGUCACAGCGAGGGGAGUUCACGAUGUGACAAUGGAUGCAGACAGCUGGGACGACAGCAGUUCAGUGAGCAGUGGUCUCAGUGACACACUUGACAACAUCAGCACAGACGACCUGAAUACCACAUCCUCCAUCAGCUCAUACUCCAACAUCACAGUUCCCUCCAGGAAGAACACACAGCUUAAAACAGAUACGGAGAAACGUUCGGCAACAGAUGAGACCUGGGAGAGUCCAGAGGAGCUGAAGAAGACUGAAGAAGAUUUUGACAGCCACAGUGAUGGAGGUGCCAAGUGGAAGGGUGCUACUCCUGGACUCGCUGAAGACUCAGAGAAGACAGGACAGAAGGGGAGCCUGUCUGUGUCUCAGACAGGCUCCUGGAGGAGAGGCAUGUCUGCUCAGGGAGGAACACCAGCUAGGCAGAAAACCGGCACAAGUGCACUCAAGACCCCUGGGAAGACUGACGAUGCCAAAGCUUCAGAGAAAGGGAAAACUCCCCUUAAAGGAUCAUCCUUGCAACGGUCUCCUUCAGAUGCAGGGAAAAGCAGUGGAGAUGAAGGGAAGAAGCCACCCUCGGGCAUUGGAAGAUCCACUGCCAGCAGUUCCUUUGGCUACAAGAAGCCAAGCGGUGUAGGGUCCUCUACCAUGAUCACCAGCAGCGGCGCCACCAUAACAAGUGGCUCGGCUACACUGGGGAAAAUCCCCAAAUCCGCUGCCAUUGGUGGGAAGUCCAGCGCAGCAAGGAAAACCAGCCUGGAUGGGUCCCAGCAUCAAGAUGAUGUGGUCCUGCACGUGAGCUCCAAGACCACCCUCCAGUACCGCAGCCUGCCCCGCCCUUCUAAGUCCAGCACCAGCGGUAUCCCCGGGCGAGGUGGCCACAGAUCGAGUACCAGCAGCAUUGACUCCAACGUCAGCAGCAAGUCAGCCGGGGCCACCACCUCCAAACUGAGAGAACCCACUAAGAUCGGCUCAGGGCGCUCCAGUCCCGUCACUGUCAACCAAACAGACAAAGAGAAGGAAAAAGUAGCGGUCUCGGAUUCCGAGAGUGUUUCUUUGUCAGGUUCCCCCAAAUCCAGCCCCACCUCUGCCAGUGCCUGUGGUACACAAGGGCUCAGACAGCCAGGGUCCAAGUACCCAGAUAUUGCCUCGCCCACAUUUCGAAGGUUGUUUGGUGCCAAGGCAGGUGGCAAAUCUGCCUCUGCACCUAAUACUGAGGGUGUGAAAUCCUCCUCAGUAGUGCCCAGCCCUAGUACCUCUUUAGCCCGUCAAGGCAGUCUGGAGUCACCAUCGUCUGGCACGGGCAGCAUGGGCAGUGCUGGUGGGCUGAGUGGCAGCAGCAGCCCUCUCUUCAAUAAACCCUCAGACUUAACUACAGAUGUUAUAAGCUUAAGUCACUCGUUGGCUUCCAGCCCCGCAUCGGUUCACUCUUUCACAUCGGGUGGUCUUGUGUGGGCUGCCAAUAUGAGCAGUUCCUCUGCCGGCAGCAAGGACACUCCGAGUUACCAGUCCAUGACUAGUCUCCAUACGAGCUCAGAGUCAAUUGACCUGCCCCUCAGCCAUCAUGGCUCCCUGUCUGGACUGGCCACAGGCACUCAUGAGAUGCAGAGCCUGCUCAUGAGAACGGGUAGUGUGAGAUCUACUCUCUCAGAAAGCAUGCAGCUUGACAGAAAUACACUACCCAAAAAGGGACUAAGAUACACCCCAUCGUCUCGGCAGGCCACCCAAGAAGAAGGCAAAGAGUGGCUCCGUUCCCAUUCCACUGGAGGGCUGCAGGAUACUGGCAGCCAAUCACCCCUGGUUUCCCCUUCUGCCAUGUCAUCUUCAGCCACGGGAAAAUACCACUUUUCCAACUUGGUGAGUCCCACCAACCUGUCUCAGUUUAACCUUCCUGGUCCCAGCAUGAUGCGCUCCAACAGCAUCCCCGCCCAGGACUCCUCCUUCGACCUCUAUGAUGACGCCCAGCUUUGUGGUAGUGCCACUUCUCUGGAGGAAAGGCCGCGUGCCAUCAGCCAUUCCGGCUCCUUCAGAGACAGUAUGGAGGAAGUACAUGGCUCCUCGCUCUCAUUGGUCUCCAGCACAUCUUCGCUCUACUCGACGGCUGAAGAAAAGGCUCAUUCAGAGCAAAUCCAUAAGUUACGGAGAGAGCUGGUUGCAUCCCAGGAGAAGGUUGCUACCCUCACGUCUCAGCUGUCUGCAAAUGCUCACCUUGUAGCAGCUUUUGAAAAGAGUUUAGGAAAUAUGACUGGCCGGUUGCAAAGUCUAACCAUGACAGCAGAACAAAAGGAAUCUGAACUUAUAGAACUACGGGAAACCAUUGAAAUGUUGAAGGCCCAGAACUCUGCUGCCCAGGCUGCCAUUCAGGGUGCUCUGAAUGGCCCAGACCACCCUCCCAAAGAUCUACGCAUUAGAAGACAGCAUUCUUCUGAAAGUGUUUCUAGCAUCAACAGCGCCACAAGCCAUUCCAGCAUUGGCAGUGGCAAUGAUGCUGACUCCAAGAAAAAGAAAAAGAAAAACUGGGUGAACUCUAGAGGAAGUGAGCUGAGAAGUUCUUUCAAGCAAGCCUUUGGAAAGAAAAAGUCCACCAAGCCACCUUCCUCACAUUCGGAUAUUGAAGAGCUGACAGAUUCAUCCCUACCGGCAUCCCCCAAGCUACCCCACAAUGCUGGCGAGUGUGGUUCCACAUCCAUGAAGCCUUCUCAGUCCGCAUCAGCGAUCUGUGAAUGCACCGAGGCUGAGGCAGAGAUCAUUCUGCAGCUGAAGAGUGAGCUUAGAGAAAAGGAAUUAAAAUUAACAGACAUAAGGCUAGAGGCCCUCAGCUCCGCUCAUCAUCUCGACCAGAUCCGGGAAGCCAUGAACAGGAUGCAGAAUGAAAUUGAAAUAUUGAAGGCUGAAAAUGACCGAUUGAAGGCUGAGACGGGUAACACAGCUAAACCUGCCCGGCCUCCGUCUGAGUCGUCAAGCACCGCCUCUUCCUCUUCCUCUCGCCAGUCCUUAGGGCUUUCACUCAACAAUCUGAACAUCACAGAGUCGGUUACCUCAGAUAUUUUGCUAGACGACACUGGUGAUACAACCGGACAUAAAGAUGGCUGCAGUGUGAAAAUUAUGGUCUCCAUAAGCAAGGGCUAUGGUCGGGCCAAGGAUCAGAAGUCUCAGGCAUAUUUGAUAGGAUCCAUUGGUGUCAGUGGAAAAACUAAAUGGGAUGUCUUAGAUGGUGUCAUUAGGCGUCUCUUUAAGGAAUAUGUAUUCCGAAUUGAUACAUCCUCUAGUCUUGGCCUGAGCCCUGACUGUAUUGCUAGCUACUGCAUAGGAGACUUGAUUAGAUCCCAUAGCCUAGAAGUGCCUGAGCUGCUACCGUGUGGAUAUCUGGUUGGAGAUAAUGAUGUCAUCACUGUGAACCUGAAAGGGGUAGAAGAAAAUAGUCUGGACAGUUUUGUUUUUGAUACACUGAUUCCUAAACCAAUUACCCAAAGGUACUUUAACUUGCUGAUGGAGCACCACAGAAUUAUACUCUCAGGACCAAGCGGCACUGGAAAGACCUACUUAGCAAACAAACUUGCUGAAUAUGUAAUAACAAAAUGUGGGAGGAAAAAAACAGAGGAUGCAAUUGCUACUUUUAAUGUGGACCACAAGUCAAGUAAGGAAUUGCAGCAGUAUCUUGCCAACCUGGCUGAGCAGUGCAGUGCUGACAAUAAUGGCGUGGAGCUCCCCAUUGUCAUAAUUCUGGACAAUCUUCACCAUGUGGGCUCUUUGAGUGACAUCUUCAAUGGUUUUCUCAAUUGUAAAUACAACAAAUGUCCUUAUAUUAUUGGAACAAUGAAUCAGGGAGUCUCUUCAUCCCCAAAUUUAGAACUACACCACAAUUUCAGGUGGGUAUUAUGUGCAAACCACACAGAACCAGUGAAAGGCUUUUUAGGCAGGUUUCUUCGAAGAAAACUGAUAGAGAUGGAAAUUGAAAGGAAUGUACGCAAUAAUGACCUAGUCAAAAUUAUAGAUUGGAUUCCCAAGACAUGGCAUCAUCUCAAUAGCUUUUUGGAAACGCAUAGUUCUUCUGAUGUCACCAUCGGUCCUCGGCUUUUCCUUUCUUGUCCCAUGGAUGUGGAAGGUUCUAGGAUGUGGUUCAUGGAUCUCUGGAAUUAUUCCUUGGUACCUUACGUUCUGGAGGCGGUGAGGGAAGGCCUUCAGAUGUACGGGAAGCGUGCGCCCUGGGAAGACCCCUCCAAGUGGGUCCUUGACACAUACCCUUGGAGUUGUGCAUCCCUGCCCCAGGAGAGCCCAGCCUUGCUACAACUGCGACCAGAAGAUGUCGGCUAUGAGGGCUGCGCAUCUGCGAAGGAAGCCACAACGUCAAAGCACAUUCCCCAGACUGACACAGAAGGGGACCCCCUGAUGAAUAUGCUAAUGAAACUCCAAGAAGCAGCCAAUUACUCGGGCACACAGAGCUGCGACAGUGAUGGCAUCAGCCACCGUGAAGACAUUCUGGAUUCAUCCAUUGAAUCCACCCUCUAAAGGGUGAAAGACUUAGGCAAAGGACUAUGUUUUUAAAAGGGUGUUUUAAAACACAGGUAUUAUCACUAAACCACUGCCAGUAUGAUAGUCCCCUGUCCAGGGCGCUGACCCAGAGCCGCGGUUUCCAAGGAGGCAGCAGAGUUAAGGUGGAACCGCCAAGAGGCUAAAGUGAAAAAGGGAGCUUAAGUUUAUUGUAAUCCUAGGCAUUUUUGUCAGCGCAGAGGUAGCAAGAGCUCCAUUAAGCGACUGGAAAGGACCCUAAAGACAGGGCAGCUGAGCAGAUUGCACAUGGGGUAGCGAGACUGGACUUUGUUUUCUUCCUCUUUCAAAGUUUACAAUGCAGGCCUACUUUUUUUUCCCUCCGUCUUUUUCUUUGUUGUGCCUUUUUAUUGUUUUUGUUUUUCUUUUGUUUCCUCUGAGGGGCUGCCCUCCUCAGGCAGGGCUCAUUUCUCUGAUCCAGGAGACCUCCUUGUGCCCCACGGUGCCAGUGACAGGGCUCCAGUAGUGUCUGUGUCACACACUCACUCCAUUGCAGAAGGAAUCCACGAGGCCAGUCCUCCAAAAGCACAAAGGGAGUUGUGCCACCACCAGAAAAAAAAAAUACAAAAUAUGAUUGAAAACAAAACUACUGUGGCAAACGGGAAGGGCCACCUUCCUUCCGACUGUCCCACUCUCCUGAAGUGCGCUACCCUCUUCUUAGUGUGUGAGUCAUGGGUUUUAUAAGGUUGUUUUUACCACAGUGGUCUUUUCAAACCACUUGCCCACUCCCCAAACCAGAGUUUUAUACCAAUUAUUCGUCAACACUGACAAAAGGCUUUUUUAGGGCUUUAUUUGUUCGAGCCUUUUCAGUGAAAGAAGGAACAUUUUUCUAUGGUGCUGUCUCACUGCCUUAAACCACAUCCCUCCAACGGUUUUAACAGUUGGUUUCAAUCCUAAACCAUUGGUAAUUCCCACUGUCUCUUUCUUCAUUUACAGCCAAGCAACACACCAGUUAACAUAGCAGCCUCACUUCUAGAUAUAAUUUUUUAUUUUAUUUUUCUUGAAGAAAUGGAUAGGAGAAAGAUAAGUAUUUUUUAUCUUAUGAAUAAAGAGAUUUCUUUGCCUAUCCUGCAAAUAAUUUGAGAACCAUAGAACCCCUCUUUGACCAUCACCUAAAAGCAGAGACAUGCGGCUUCAUUCUACCUAGUUCUAAACGAAAGGUGGGAGAUUUCUAAUUCGGAUCCAGUUGAACUACAAGAACUGGAUUCCGCAUGAGCACAACUAUUUGGCCUUCUUCCCCUCGUCUUUAUCUUUCAAAAAAAAAAAGUUAGUUUUGACGCAUGUUGUUUUGAUUGCUAUUGUUGUACAUGAGACAUUCAGCAUUAAAGAACACUGAUGCAGUCAGUCACUGUGGAAGAGGAAGCAUUUAUACUGUACAAGAAGGUUAGAUUUGCACAGUCUACUGGGUAGGUAUUGUAAAUAAUGACUUUUUUUUUCAAAACUUGCACAAAAAUCAAAACAAACACAAACAAAAUUGUAUUUAACCUGUUUGGUGUUAAGAGGUUGUUUCACUUGCUGAGAUUUCCUGUAUGUUGCAAACAAAUACAGAAUGCAAACCUUCCAAGCUGUUAUUAUCUGGUGUGUUUGUCCUGUACUUACAAGUUUGUUGUGACGAUGCAGGAGCCAUCAGUGCUAGAGUGAGCAUGCUUCAGAACUGUACAUGAGGCCAGUACAUUUUUGGAUGAGUAGCCGUCUGAAAGUACAUCACUUGGGGCAGGCUAAACAGACAGUGGGUGAAAGCUGAUAGGUCACUGGUGAAGUCACACCGCCCACAGAGGACGGUUCAAAGGCUAUGAAACCUAAGGUCAACGCCAUGGCGCAGACGUAGCUCUGUGCGCCUUUUAGGACAUGUUAUUGGUGCUACUCUCUGUGACCACCAACUCUAUGGGUUGGUUUCUGUAGAACAAAAUUAACAGCAUGAAGUAUCUGUGCAGAUUUCAGAGCGUCAGUAAGUAUCUAGGUCCUUACACGGUGCUAUUGCCCGGAGAGUUAUCAGGCUGAAUUUAUGCACAUAGAAUUGCCACCCUGACUUUGGAGCCUCAACUGUGGAUCAGAUCUAUUGUGCAACACCGACGGAUGUAGCUGGAUGAGUGACUAGUCGCCCUUGUAUGAUACGUGACCUAAGAGUAUCGCUAAUCUUCCCCUGCCAUUUCCAGAAACACGGUCCACACAUGAGCAUAAACAGAACUUCCUGCAAUACAUCGCAGUAGGUACGCCUAGUUUACAACUUAAACUAGUUUGUGAAACAUUUGUCUGUAUACAUUUUAUAUUUUGUACAUUUUUGAUGUAACAUAUCAUGUAAAUAGGAAGAAGCAGUGAAAGAAAUCAUCUGAAAAGUUUUGUAGUCUUUGUAUAGCCCCAACAAUGAGUACUUGGUGUCAAUGGACCUAACUGGAUGAUGUAUUUUCUAUUGGUUUAUUGUUCCUCUAGCUUGUAAACCAGCUUGCAUAUAUUUUUUUGCAAAUGUGCACCCUGUAUCUGUCUAAAUUAUUACUUUGCCAUUAAAGUGGAAUUAUUUAUUGACAACAAGGUGUGGUGUCUAUGUAUGGGGAAAUGUUGAAUAAUUACGUUCAGGGAUAUGUGCAGCUUUAAAAUGUUUCUUCACUAUUAAUAUGCCAUCAUUAGGGAUCUGUGUCAAUCUAUAUUUUAUAAGCAUCAGAGGAAGGGCUCCAAAGCUUCUAAGUAAAUAAACUAAAUGCAGUAUAUAUGUAGCGCCUAGAGUGAAAGUUAUUUAUUCAGUGAAUAUUUUUGAAAAUUCCGAGUGAUAUUCAAAUAUGCCUGAUGACAAAAUACAUUUAAUAUAAAAAUAAAAUGUCAAUAUUCACUGAGUUAAAUC